UUGGGUAUUAAAAGUCUCCACUGGUACAAGCAGAGCGCAGGUGAUACUCUGAAAGUGAUUACAAUGCUGCGUAAAAAUACCGACCCUAAGUAUGGACCGGGGGUGCCGGCCUCAAGACUGAAGACAACAUAUUAUGAGAAAAUCACCAAUCUGACGAUUCUGAAUACAACUAAAGAAGACGAGGGAAUCUAUCACUGUGCAAUCCUUGACUGGACUGAGAAUAUCUGGAGAGGGAUCUAUUUGUCAAUAAAAGGGAACGAUGACAGAACAAUGAACUACACAAUUGUGCAGCGGUCACGACCAGCAAAUACAGCCAGACUGGGAGAUUCUGCAACUCUGGAGUGUUCAGUUCUCUCUCACUCUAAGAAUAGGUCUUGUCCAGGAGGCCUCAGUGUGUUCUGGUUCAGAGCCAGAUCACAGAAAUCUCUCCCUGAAAUCAUUUUCACGGAUGGAAUCAACCAAGACGAUUGUAGUUGGAAACAUGAGAGGAAAUGUGUUCAUAGCUUCUUUCACAAUGUCAGCAGCUCAGAGUUUGGGACGUACUACUGUGCUAUAGCCAGUUGUGGAGAAAUAUUAUUUGGAAAUGGGACUACUUUGGAAGCUGAGAAAUCAGACUCCGCAUUUAUCAUUCUGGUCACAGUAGUAAUUUGCCUAAUAAUUUCAGUUGUUUUACAUAUUACCAUCAUCUGUCACCAAACCCAGAAAAAAGCCAAAAAACAGAUUAAAGACACAUCAAGACAGGAUGAUUUGGGCCUAAAAGAAGAUGAUAAUAAUGAUGAUGAAAAUGGUGUGAACUACGCAGCGUUGCAUUUCUCAGGAGGGAAAGCAAAGAAAGGAAAGAAGAAACCAAUGGAUGAAAGUGUGUACUCACAAGUUAACUUUUAAAUACAACUUCUUGUCCAUGUAGUAGGCUUUAUAUAUUCAGUUUAGUGUCAUGUAAAUAGAUUAUAUGAAAGGAAUUUAAACAUCAUAUAUGGGAGCUAUUUUAUCUUUAAAGGUCUUCAUGCUAUGAAUUGAUUUGUUCCAAAGUGUGAAGUUAUGGUUGCUUUAUUUUAUAUUUUAGAAAAAUAAAUUAAUUAAUAAAAUGUAUAUAGCUAUUUUUUUCAUAGUUUUUUUUUUGUCUUUUGUACAUUUAAUGCCUUUUUCAACAAUGUAACUCAGAAAUGCCAAUAUGUUUUACAAAUCUAAUUUUGGAGGACAUUAAAGCAAAAAAUGCGGAAA